AUGUCAAGCACAAUAUUCUACAAGUUUCGAUCGCAGAAGGGCAACUUGAGGAUUUUAUUCGAUGGGACAGGUAUCACUGUAUUUGAUUUGAAACGUGAAAUAAUUCAGGAAAAUGGGCUCGGCGAUGGUACGGAUUUCCAGUUGCGUCUUUAUAAUCCAGACACAAGCGAAGAACUUGAAGACGACGCCCAAGUCAUUUCAAGAUCCUCAAGCGUCGAAGUAAGGCGAUCACCGGCUGUCAAAGCUAAUGGACUCAAUGGGAAAAUUUCCAUAGGAAAUGCGACAAGAUACGUGACAGGCAAACCCAGAGUUGUGAAAACGACUCAUAGUAAUGGAACCACGACUUCAAGUAUCAAUACAGCAGGUAUGAGUGAAGAAGAUGCCAUUGCGGCGAUGUUUGCCAACCAAGAGAAUCAAUGGCAACAAACUCAGCAAGAAAUGUCUUCGGCUACUCCCGUUUUCCACAGACCCAACGCUGCGAUGCAAGAUGAGGGACCUCCCCCGCCUGGCUACAUGUGUUACAGAUGCGGUGGUAGAGAUCAUUGGAUUAAAAACUGUCCAACAAACUCUGAUCCAAACUAUGAAGGCAAAAGAAUCAGGCGGACGACUGGUAUUCCCAAAAAGUUUUUAAAAUCGGUUGAGGUCGAUCCAAGUACGAUAACACCGGAGGAGAUGGCGCAACGGAAAAUUAUGGUUACAGAUGACGGGAAUUUCGUCGUACAGGUGGCGGACGAACAUUCGUGGGAAGAUUAUCAGAGAAAGCAGCAGUCAAGGUCUCUGAAUAAGGACGAUGCCGUUUGGGAAAAGAACCAUUUUUCAGAUUUACCACCAGAAUUGACGUGCCCUAUCACUGGAGGCUUGUUAAGAAAUCCAGUGAAAACGAAAUGUUGUAAAAAGUUCUUUUCGAAGCAGGCUCUAGAGGAUACACUGGUAGAGAAUGACUUUGUAUGUCCGGUAUGUGGAGAAACGGAUGUUCUUCUAGAUUCUUUAGAGCCUGACUCUGAAAAGGAAGAAGAAGUGCGCAAGUUUUUGAGCGAGCGUGGUGUCAAGAGAGGUACAGAUAUCGAAGUUGAUGGCGAUGCGAAAAAACUUAAAUUACCAAUGCCGGUUCCACCCUUUGGCAUGCCCUUCCCUAUGUUCCCUAUGCCAUUCUUGUCAAAUAUGGCCCCCACUCAAAAGAAGGAAUAA